AUGACUAUACAUAAAAAUCAUAUCUUGAUUGUGCUCAAUGAAAAGACCCCUGUCACUGUCUUUUUUUCCUGCUUCUAUCAUUACCAAGGAAAAGAUGCUGUGGAGGGUCUGGCCCUAGAUGUGCAAGAAUCUUUUAGCACAAAAUCGUUUACAAAAAUAAAACGUUUAAAGUUACUCAAAAUCAAUAGAGCACAUAUUGUGGGAAGCUACAGUCUUCUCCCCAAAGAGUUGAUAUGGCUUUGUUGGUUUCGAUGCCCUUUGAAAUCUUUGCCGUCUGAUUUUCACUUAAACGACCUUGUUAUACUUGAUAUGCAAAACAGUAACGUACGAAAACUUUGGAAGGGGACUAAGAUUCUUAACAGGCUGAAAAUCCUCAAUCUCAGCUUUUCCAAGUACCUUGCUAAAACGCCGAACUUCCGAGGACUCUCUAGUUUGGAGAGACUAAUACUUGCAGGAUGCAGGAGUUUGGUUGAGGUACAUCAAUCUAUUGGAACUUUGAAGAGCCUUGUUUUGUUGAACUUGGAGGUUGCAUACAACUUGAGAAAUUGCCAGAGUUUGGGUGACAUAGAAUCCUUAACAGAGUUGUUUACAAAGGGUACUGCGAUUAAGCAACUUCCUCCAUCAGCUAGAUAUUUGAAGAAGCUGACAAAGUUAUCAUUUGGUGGAUACAACAAAGUUUUCGACUCACCUUAUCUGCCAUCUAAAUCUUGGUUUUCAAGAUUUUCAUCGUGGCUUUCACCACAAAGCUGCUCGAGCUCCAUAGAUGUGCUACCAGCUUCUUUCAAUAGUUUCAGCUCAUUGAAAGAACUAAAUCUAAGUUAUUCUGGUUUGUCUGAAGCUACAAGUUCCAUUGAUCUUGGGAGUUUGUCCUUUCUUGAAAAUUUGAAUUUGUCUGGACAUGAAUUCUUCAAUCUGCCUUCCAGCAUUAGCCGCCUUUCUAAGCUUCAAUUUUUGACGGUUGAGAGAUGCUCGAAUCUUCUAUCAAUCUCAGAGCUUCCAUCAAGUGUCCUGUUCUUGUCUAUCAAUGACUGCACAUCCAUUGAAAGAGUAAGCGCGCCUCUUCAGCCCGAAAGACUACCAUUACUGGAUGUAAAAGGGUGCCGAAAUUUAAUAGAGAUUCAGGGCAUUGAAUGUGCGGGCAAUAACUGGUCCAUUUUGAACUUAAAUGACUGCAACAAUUUAUCUGAAAACUAUAAGAUGAGUUUUAUUCAGGGAUUAUGCAAAGGUAAACAUUAUGACAUUUGCCUUGCUGGUGGAGAGAUACCAGAAUGGUUCAGCCAUCGCGGUGAUGGGUCAUCAUUAUCAUUUCGUUUACCCUCAGUUUCAGUUGCAGAUGGUAAUAAACUCCAAGCGCUGCUUCUUUGGGUUGUCUCGGCCUCCAGUAGCAAUGAAGCCACUGAUCAAGAAACAUCAUUUCUUCAGUUUGAUAUGUGUGUUGCUACAUUCAAAAAUAAGAGCAAUGGUAUUGAAUUGUUUGAGACGAUGGCGGCAGUUACGUUUGACAGAAAUUCCACUAAGCAUUCUUGGAUACAGCGUAUAUCAUUGAUCGGGUCAGAGGAAUUGCUGCAAGGUGUAGAGGAAUUGGAACUGAAUGUCAAAAUAAGCUUCUAUGAUGUUCCAGAUGUCGGGUAG